AGUUUGGGUUUUGAGAUCUUUGAUCUUCCAUUGUUUUGGAUUUUUGGAUUGUUUUGAUUUAUCAACAAAUAAUAUCACAAUUUUUUCAACAAUGGACAUGGUUCAUGAUUCUGAAUACCUGCAUAGCCACGAAUACGGAUUGAGUUCUCAAAGCCAUUUUAACGAAAGUGCUGACGUAACUAGGCGUAGAAGUUCAAACAGGUCUAUCAAACGUAGGAAAUUCGAUGAUGAGCUAGUAGAAUAUAGUUUGGGAAUGCCAGGAAUAUCAAAUAUAAAGUUCUCACAGAGUGGUAGAGCCCGCACACAUUCUUCUCACUCCGAAUUCUCAGUGGCGUCUCCAUCCACACCUCCAGUUAUAGUACAACCAUCAACAUCACAGACUUAUACUGACCCUAAAAGAAAACACCUCUCCAGAACUCUACCUGGCAAGAGAGGUAGAAAAAGUGGCAGACAAGGCAGCCAAUUCACUGCCAAAGACCUUGGACGGUGGAAGCCAAUUGAUGACCUAGCACUGAUUAUUGGUGUUCAACAAACCAAUGAUUUACGUACUGUGCAUCUUGGAACAAAGUUUUCUUGCAAGUUCACUGUACAGGAAUUACAGCAGAGAUGGUAUGCUCUCUUAUAUGACCAGUCAGUUUCUAGAGUUGCCAUAACAGCAAUGAGGAAUCUCCACCCAGACAUGAUAGCUGCUGUACAGGAUAGGGCUUUGUGGAGCCAACAAGAAGAACAAAUUCUGAGCACCAUUAAAUCUAGUACAAACCCACCACCAACAGUUGAAACAUUUGCAGAGAUGCUUUCGCAGCACCCUGACAUUUUCUAUACUGGUAGAACCCCAAUCUCCCUUUUUCGCCACUGGCAAAGUCUGAAGAUGUACAAUCUCCUGCCAGACCAAACAGUGGGCCCCAUACCUGCAUCUGGUAGGCCAAUAAUGACCUUUAAUGAUGCAGAGGAUCUGAUCCAAGAUGCAGAACUGGGGGAACCUGAAGAUGAGGCUGUUGAUAGAGAAAUCAAACUGCAGCAGAGACGAAAUGUGAGAGAGAUCAGACAGCUGGAGAAUGAGAUAGGACGUUGGAAUGUUCUGGUGGAUAGUGUGACCGGUAUAUGUCCAGGAGAGUUGGACAGUCAAACUUUGGCCGUUUUGCGAGGCAGGAUGGUGAGGUACCUGAUGAGGAGCAGGGAGAUCAGCAUUGGCAGGUCAGGCAAGGGGCAUAUGGUAGAUAUUGAUCUGUCUCUUGAGGGGCCUGCACAUAAAAUUUCAAGAAGGCAAGCCACUUUGAGGUUGAGAAACACAGGGGAGUUCUACUUGUCCUCUGAAGGAAAACGUCCCAUUUUUGUGGAUGGUCGACCAAUCACAGCUGGUAAUAAAGUGCGUUUAUAUGACAAUGCAGUGGUGGAAAUAGCAUGUUUGAGGUUUAUUUUCUCUGUGAAUCAUGACUUGAUCAGGGCCAUUCAUAAUGAGUCAGUUAGAUAUAGUUUGCCUACAUAAACUGUGUGAAUUAGUGUCAUAUGUUCUUCACAGUCAACAUAUUUGUCUAAGAUUUGAAAUGUUAGAAACUUGAUUAUGGUUUAUUCUUUAUCUUUAACAUUAGAACAAGAUGAAUGAUUUGAGUUUUAUUAGAAAUUUGUUCAUUUAUUAAUUGAGUUUAAAACUUCCAGUCAAAUACAAGUUCUACUAUAAAAAAAUGAAAUUAUGUUUACU